AUGGCUGCCUUACUGAUCCCACGGAGGAACAGAGGGAUGAGGACUCGCCUGGGCUGCCUGUCUCACAAAUCAGACUCAUAUAAUGAUUUCACAGCUAUUCUUCCGGACAAGCCCAACCGGGCUUUGAAAAGGCUGUCAACAGAAGAAGCAUCAAGAUGGGCAGACUCUUUUGAUGUCCUUUUGUCCCAUAAAUAUGGGCUGGCUGCUUUCCGUGCUUUCUUGAAGACGGAGUUCAGUGAGGAAAACUUGGAGUUCUGGCUCGCCUGUGAGGACUUCAAGAAGACCCGCUCAGCAGCCAAGCUGGCCUCCAAGGCUCAGCGGAUCUUUGAGGAGUUCAUUGAUGUGCAGGCUCCUCGAGAGGUGAACAUAGACUUCCAGACACGGGAGCUGACAAGAAGAAAUAUGCAGGAGCCCUCUCUCUCUUGCUUUGACCAAGCCCAGGGGAAGGUGCACAGCCUGAUGGAGAAAGACUCUUACCCCAGGUUCCUGAGGUCCAAAAUUUACACAGACCUGCUGUCUCAAACCCAGAGGAGGCUCAGUUAA